AUGGCGCGUGGACCCGUUAAGCACCAGAAGCGCCUCAGCGCGCCCUCGCACUGGCUCUUGGACAAGCUGUCCGGUGCCUACGCCCCCAAGGCCUCGCCCGGUCCUCACAAGCUCCGCGACUCCCUCCCCCUCGUCAUCUUCCUCCGCAACCGUCUCAAGUAUGCGCUCAACGCCCGCGAGGUCAACGCCAUUCUCAUGCAGCGUCUGGUCAAGGUCGACGGCAAGGUCCGCACUGACAGCACCUUCCCCACUGGAUUGAUGGACGUCAUCUCCAUUGAGAAGACUGGCGAGAACUUCCGCCUGAUCUACGACACCAAGGGCCGCUUCACCGUCCACAGGAUAACAGACGAGGAGGCACAAUACAAGCUCGGCAAGGUCAAGCGUGUUCAGCUUGGCAAGGGCGGAAUUCCCUACUUGGUUACGCACGAUGCGCGAACGAUCCGUUACCCCGACCCCGCCAUCAAGGUCAACGACACCGUCAAGGUCGACCUCUCCACUGGCAAGAUCUCCGACUUCAUUAAGUUCGACACUGGCGUCAUCGUCAUGGUCACUGGUGGUCGUAACAUGGGCCGUGUUGGUGUCAUCACCCACCGUGAGCGCCACGACGGAGGCUUCAACAUUGUCCACCUCAAGGACGCUGUUGACAACGAGUUCACCACUCGUGAGUCCAACGUCAUUAUCAUUGGAAAGGAGAAGCCAUGGAUCUCUCUGCCCAAGGGUAAGGGUGUCAAGCUCUCGAUCGCUGAGGAGCGUGAUCGCCGCCGUGCGUACGCCCUCGCUGGUCACUAA